UGAGACUCUGGCUGAAUGAACUGAAUGAAGUUUCCUACGAGAUGGAUGAAGUGUUGGAUGAGUGGAUCACUGAAGUUCGAAAGCAACAAAUGGAGAAACAAGAAAACCAAGGUGAAAAUCCUCUUGUUGCUACGAAGAAGAAGGUACGCUUCCCCUUUCCUUCCUCUUGCUUUCGUUUUGGCCAAGUCAGGCAGUUAAGUCAUCGUCGCGAUAUUGCUAUGAGGAUAAGAGAACUAAAUGAAAGAUUAGCUUUGAUUGAAAAAGAAAAACAAAGCUUUAAUUUUCAAAACACCACAAAAAGCCUUGAACUGCCUGCAAGGCAAAAAACAACUUCUUUCCCAGGUGACAAAACGUUUGGUCGAGAUAAUGAGAAGAAAAUAAUACUAAGCAAGUUGCUGAGCCAGAGUAGUCAAGAGGAAGAAGUCCCUAUUAUCAUCCCUAUUAUAGGGAUGGGGGGGGAUGGGGAAAACAACACUUUCUCAACUUGUCUACAAUGAUGAAAAAGUGAAGGCUCAUUUUGAACAUAGAAUAUGGGUUUGUGUCUCAGACCCUUUUGAUGAGAUCAAGAUUGCUAAAGCUAUAAUUGAAGGUCUUGGUAAAGAUAAUACCUCAAGGAAUUCAAAUGAGUUGCAAACUUUAUUGCAAUGGAUAUAUGAAUUGAUUGAGGGCAAAAAACUCCUCCUUAUCCUAGAUGAUGUGUGGAACCCAAACCGUGAUCAAUGGGAGGAAUUUAUCAAACCUUUCCGUAGUUGUGCUGUGGGUAGUAGAGUACUGGUCACUACGCGGAAGGACGAGGUUGCUACUGUGAUGAAAGCAACUACUCACAAGCUCUAUUUGAAAGAGUUGAAUGAAGAACUUUGUUUGUCGUUGUUUUAUUACAGUGCAGGCAUUGAUGAAAGUGAGUGUAAAAUGUUUGAAGCCAUUGGUAAACAGAUUGUAAAAAAGUGUAAAGGGUUGCCUCUUGCUGCAAAGACAUUAGGUAGCCACAUGCGCGACAAGAUAACAAUUAAGGAAUGGCGUGAUGUUUUAAAUAGUGAGAUAUGGGAAUUGGAAGAGAUCGAACAAUAUGUUUUUCGGCCAUUACUACUAAGUUACCAUGAUUUGCCCCCAAUACUCAAGCGUUGUCUUUUGUUUUGUGUUAUAUUCCCAAAAGAUUACUUGCUUGAUAGAGAUAAUUUAAUUGAGUUAUGGAUGGCGCAAGAUUAUUUGAAUGAGGAAGGGAGGAAAGAGAAAAGAAUAAAAGGUCAAAAGUGUUUUCAUGACUUACUGAUGCGAUCUUUCUUCCAGGAAUUUAUGGUGGAUGAAUAUGGAGAAACAAGCUGCAAAAUGCAUGAUAUUGUACAUGAUUUUUUACAAUAUUUGACCAAGAAAGAGUGUCUUAUUGUGGAUUUUAAGGCAGGGGAUAGUGAGGGAAUGGUAGUGCCGGAUGUUGAUAAGGUUCGUCAUUUGACUUUGAUGCAGUUGUCACAAAGUGAACUUUUGGCUUCUUUUCGCAAUUGUAAACAUUUGCGUACCUUGAUAGCUUUUGAUUCAUCAAUUGAUUCAACUUGCCUAGAAUUAGUUUUACAGUUGAAAUGCCUUAGGACAUUGAACUUGUCUAAGAGUAACAUUGAAGAAAUUCCAAGAGAAAUGGGUGGGUUGAUCCAUUUGAGGUAUCUUGAUUUAUCUCAUAAUGAUUUAAAGGAACUACCCAACGCCCUGAGUAGUUUGUACAAUCUUCAAACCUUGCGACUUGUGAAAUGCUCUCAUCUCAAGAAAGUAGAUUUGGCAAGGCUGAUUAAUAUCAGGCAUCUUUAUGUUGAGGGCUGUGAGCAUCUAAAGUUAAUGGGGCUUUCUAGGUUGAUAAAUCUGGAAACCCUUGACACAUUAUAUGUCCACGGUGAUGGCGAGUUAGGAGAUUUGAAAAACUUGAACCAGCUUCAAGGAUGUCUUGCUAUUAAAAAUGCGGGAAGAUUAACGAGCGAGUCCGAGCAACCAAAUUUGGUGAAUAAGGUGAAUCUCCUUCAUUUGACUUUGGACCUUGAAUGCCGUGCUGAAGCUGAAGCUGAACGGGUCUCUUCUUCUUCCGGUUCCCUUAAUGAUGAUCAACAGCGACAAAUUGAAGAAAUGAUCUCUCGGUACGAAGAAAUACUGCGCCCACCUCCGGGUUUGGAAUCAUUGUCAAUCACAAGCUAUAUUGGCCGCAGCUUGUGCAGCGAUUGGUUUUUGUCUUUCCACAGCUUGAGAUGGCUUACCCUGGGUUUUUGCUUCAAUUGCAAGUUUUUGCCUCCUUUAGGAAAGUUGCCGUCCCUUGAAAGUUUGAAUCUGGUGCAUCUUUCUGCUCUGGAAAAGCUAGGAGUUGAGUUUCUGGGAAUAGAACCAGGAACACCGACGUCCUUUAUCUCAUUUCCAAAAUUGAAACAACUUGCCUUCAACUGGAUACCGGCCUUGAAAGAGUGGGAAGGAGUGGGCGACUGCAGCUGGGAGAUAAUGCCACGCCUUUCUUCUUUGGGAGUUUAUGAGUGCCCAAGUCUAAAAGCGUUGCCGGACUUCCUGUGGAGGACACCACUACGGAAAUUACACAUUAGAGACAUUGCAAGUGAUGCUAUUCUUCCAAAUGUCUACCAAAGAGAAGGAGGUGAGGAGUGGCCCAAGAUAUCUCACAUCCCAGAAAUCAGAAUAGGCAACCAUUGGAUCUAUAAUGAAGAACAGGAUCCCAAGGGUGACGAUAUUGAAGUUAUUCCACGCGUAACCAGCUGUGUAAUUUGUUGAACUGAUCGAUCCCAGUUGUACGUGCGUCUACGUGCCUUCCAUGCUCGACUUGUUAUCCUCAAGCUAUAUAUGUCACCUGAAAGGCUUGCUGGAGUCCCCAAGACAAGAUCACUCCUCGCCACCUUUCUGUUGUGCCCAAAAUUCCAGACCACAAUCGCACCACGCUACGUACAUGUACUGCUCACAUUGAAGCUAGCUUGGAGCAUUUAGAUUGGAAUCAGAGUUGUAAAGCUUAUACGAUGCUACUUAAUUCGGAUCAGCAACGUUUGAUUUUUCCCGGAAAGCAGCUCGAAGACGGCCGCACCUUGGCCAACUAUAACAUCCAGAAAGGGAGCUACUGUCAGCAACGUCUAGCACCACGUCGGCGACCGGUGGAACUCUCGCUAGGACCUCUGGUGAUUAUGCUGUUGGUAUCAGCCACAACCCUGAUAACGAUACUUCCAGAAUACGCAGGGAUGGCAAAGCAAGACGUCCUGGGGAUGCAAAUUAUGAUCCAAGAACUCUGUAUCUAGCUUCUGAGUUCUUAAAGAGUUUAUCAGGUGGCCAGAUACAAAUGUGGGAGUUUAAGUCAAAGCACAUGGACAAAGUUCUCUUUAUCAAGGGCGAACAACCCCAUUGUGGAUUCCCAGAGAAGAACUUUUCAAUGAAUGUGGAGAAACUGGCUAGGAAGGUUUACCGAGUUCUUCUCGUAGAGUAGACAGAAACACCUGAACAGAUGGAGCUUCGUUGCCAAGAGGGUGGCUCUAAAGAUUAGGUAUGCUCAUUUUACAUAGAAUCACCGAAGUUUGCAGUGAAACUAAUCUUAUCCGUUAUACGCGUUGUGAAACGUGAAGAAUGUGCAGUAGUUACAAAAGGAACAGUAACUGAGGGAGAGAUGCUGUCUGCAAACCCUGAUGCUUCUUAUCUAAUGGCAGUGACUGAAACCUCUCAAAAUUUAGCAAACCAAAAUUCCCCAAGCGUAUUUUUGGAGUUUGUGUGGUUGAUGUUGCUACCAGUAGGGUUAUUCUUGGACAGUUUGCAGAUGAUUCAGAGUGCAGUGCCUUGUCUUGUCUGUUGUCUGAAUUGAGGCCUUUGGAACUAGUAGAACUUGUUGAACUACUUAGUCCUGAAAAAAAGUAUUGCUAAAGGCAUACAAGAAGUCCGCUAGUGAACGAGUUAGUUCCACUUUUGGAAUUUUGGCCAUGCUGAGAGAACUGUUUGUGAAGAUAAAAGUAUCUAUAGCCGUGUUGAUGAUUCUCAUAUGGAAGAAGAUGGCUUGGGCUGCUUGCCAGAUGUGUUGUCUGAGCUGGUCGGAGCUGGGGAGAAUGGCAUCUGUGCACUUUCAGCUCUUGAAGAUGCUCUUUUCUACUUAAAGCAAGUUUUUCUAGAAGUAGUGAUUGCAGCAAUUGUGAACAAAACUGUAAUUAUUGCAGUAAGUAUUUGCUGGGCUAGCAUUGUAGUAGGUAGGGGUUUUAUUCUGCCUAUUUUGUGAAGUAUUAAGGAUCAUGAUUUUGGAUAGAUAUUGAUGCAAUGCAGUAAUAUUUAUAUGACUCUUAAAUUG